AUUAAGACGGUCAUUCACACUCAUAAGUCGAAAACAAACUGACAAUGCCAAAGCAAAAAAAAAACAAACCCCAAAAAAUCGAAAGCCUGCAACACUUCUGACAGCAAUGGCACAGGUGCAUUGCUUUUACGUUGAAUGUCCCAAAGGUUGUGGUAAAAAAAUAUAUGAUUUGGAUGAUUAUCACAUGAUAGUAUGUCCAAAAGAAGUCAUACAAUGCAUCUACUGCAGUGAAAGAUUUGAACGAUCAAAUUUUCAUCUUCAUUUAAAAUAUUGUUCCGCUAUGCCAAGACCAAAACUCCACAAAGGAACCUGUCCUGAGUGUCUACCAAAUCUUACAUGUACCAAAGAAAUGGAAUGUGGGGGGAAAUAUCCAAUGGACGGAAAGCCAAUACCGUGCCCUAAUAAGUGGGAGUUAAGCAUACUGCCAUGGCAACUUGACGAACAUAUGGAGAUGUGUCCAAAGCAAGAACUACCGUGUAUUUAUAGCGAAUUUGGUUGUUCAGAAAUUCUGGAAAGAUCUAAAAUGACAAAUCAUUUACAUGCAUGUUUGACGAAUUCAAUGCCAAGGAAAUAUCGGAACAGUGAAGGUCAAUGGACAAGUAAAAGCUGUCCAAUGUCCAACUCUCACUGUGAAACGUGUAUCAACCUCAACUGCAAUUACAAAGAUAGCUGUGAACUUGUUUACUGUAACAAUGAUUGUGGUGCAAAAUUACAUAAAUGCAAACUUGAUGAUCACAAGGAAGUAUGCAGUAAAGAAAUUUUACCAUGAUUCACCGGCAUCUGCAUUAAAAUAAAGAAUUUAACGAUAAAAAAUGUACCAUCCUUUAUGAUUAUUAUCAAAGCAUUUGUCUUGAGUAUCAAUUAAGCUAUAUAUGUUCAAAAUGUUCAAUUAAUAUUAAAAUAUUUUAUAUAUUUCUAACAAAAAAAAAUAAAAAUGUAGUGUUGGUUAAAAUGGUACACAUAUUUUUAAGUAAAAAUAUAAAAACAAAUAAGGUAAAAACAAAAUGAGAAAAUCAAUCGAAUAGGUCAGUUUCCAGCGCAAUCAGAAAAUAAUUUUGUACAAAUUAUGAAUUUUCGUGACAAAAAAGUAUAUGUUUAUAUCAUAAGUUUUAUAAUAAAAACUAGCUGUUUAGUUAUAAAAAACAAAUGCAUAUUUUUUUUUAAUUUAAAGUUUCAUAUUACUUUAACAUUGAUUAAAUGGUGUUCGCUAAUAUCUACAUUUUCUACGUUGUAUGUCAAUUAUAAUCUAUUUAAGUAUUACAACUUGGAAAAAAGACAUUUGUUUGACUACAUUUUAAGGUUAUUAUAUUGACACAAAUAUUCAGAGUGUAUGCUUUUUGUGGUAGUUACUACCAUUAAAAUAUAUUAAAAAGUACAUAGCAAGA